ACUGCACCACAACGACCGAUUUGAGAUUUGCAUGCGCCGUGCUUUCAGGAUUUCUGCUCUUCUGUAAUUGUUGGUGUAAGAUGGUUUAUACAGAAGAAUAUAUUAAAUCGAAAUUAAUUAAAGAACUUGAAGCAUCACAUGUUGUAAGUAACAUUCUUGUUCAAGAACACCAGUGUUAAAGCGUCCUGCCGGUGGAAGCUUCACGAUUGAGACUCAAACACUUAUAGAAAUUUUCCAGCUUUGAAAAUGACAGACAGAGUUAGUAGACGUGUUUGUUUGAUUUUGGUCGUCUCUGUGGCGAUCUUUUUACGAUGGUGCGUCUCAUUGUUUUCUUACUCAGGACAAAAUAAACCGCCUAUGUUCGGUGACUAUGAAGCUCAAAGACAUUGGAUGGAAAUCACUUUGAAUCUGCCUACGAAAGAGUGGUACUUUAACACUUCCAACAAUGACUUACAGUACUGGGGGCUUGACUAUCCCCCACUGACAGCUUACCACAGCUUAAUUUGCGGCUAUGUAGCUCGAUACAUAAAUCCGGAAUUUGUGGCCCUGAAGGUCUCACGUGGUUACGAAAGCUAUGAACACAAGUUAUUUAUGAGAGCAACUGUAGUUGUAGCGGAUCUCCUUGUAUAUAUACCUGCUCUGUGCUGUUAUUUUUCAGACAAAAGCAGAGGCCAGAUAAACAAAUUUAACAAACCGAGCAGCCAAAAGGCAAGGCACGACACAUAUGUUGCUGAACUGUUUCUAGCACUAAUUUAUCCUGGUAUUAUACUUAUUGACCAUGGACACUUUCAAUACAAUGGAGUCUCUCUGGGAUUUAUGGUUGCAGCUGUUGCUGCAUUGCUUCAAAGUAAACUGCUGGUUGCGGCAAUGGCAUUCUGUUUGGCAUUGAAUUACAAGCAAAUGGAAUUAUACCAUUCAUUGCCUUUCUUCUGCUAUAUGUUAGGAGUUUGUUUAUCGACGAAGAAAAAACUGCUAGCAUUAAAAAAAUUACUGUGUAUUGCAAGUGUUGUAAUCCCAACUUUUAUUUUGGUUUGGGUUCCAUUUCUUAGUAAUAUAGAUGUGAUCUUGCAAGUUCUUCGCCGUCUUUUCCCAUUGUAUCGUGGUGUUUUUGAAGACAAAGUAGCAAAUGUGUGGUGUGCUUUAAACAUUGUAUACAAACUCCGGAAUGUGGACCAUCUGAUUAUGGCAAAAAUUUGCCUCGUUUCCACUCUACUUGCUGUAACGCCUAGCUGCCUUGAUCUUUUGCUACACCCAGAAAAAAAUAAAUUUUUGCUGGCACUAAUUAAUUCUUCACUUGCAUUUUUCCUGUUUUCUUUCCAUGUCCAUGAAAAAAGCAUCCUCCUUGCAGCCAUUCCUGCUAUUCUGUAUUUUCCAAUUGAACCAUUCCCAGUAUUUUGGUUUCUUUUAGUGUCAAAUUUCAGUAUGUUGCCAUUAAUAUUGAAAGAUAAUGUUCUUAUACCAUUUGUAGCAUUAACAAUAUUCUAUUUCAUGUCCGUAAUAGUUAUUGUUGACAUAGAAUUUGGUUGUGAUGGGAUGAGGUUGAAAUCUGACAGUGGACCUGUAGUAUCAAAGAGUAAUGUGAAUCAGAAAUCACAGACAAAAGUGAAAUUGAAGAAACAGUUGUCAAAUGAAAAAUGGCUUAGUUAUGCAUUUAUGGCUUCAAUAAUCGGUUGUGUUGUAUUAACUGUCUGUAGCAUAUUUAUAAAGCCACCCCAGAAGUAUCCUGAUUUAUUUCCCCUUAUUGUGUCUGUGUAUUCAUGUGCUCACUUCUUGCUCUUCUUUUUGUAUUUCAUGUAUCGCCAAAUAUCACCAGACACCCAUGUUUGUUUGAAAUGUGAUUAAUCAUUGAAUUUUGUGAUACCUAUUCUAAAAAAAUUACUUUACUGUUCACUAUUAAGGUUUUAGUAAAACUUGUUACACGGAAUUUCUCGAUUACGGUACAUUCUGUGAGGGCAAAACAAUCACCAAUUCUUAUUUGAUCAGUUAUUUAGUUUUUUUUUUAAUCACAGUAAUAAAUUUUGAAUAUUGUAAUAAUUGGUGGAUUUAACAUUUAUGAACAGAUAGGUGAAGCCCUGUGGAAAAAGACUAUGAGAAACUUGCAUUUGUUAUUUCAUGUGGAUUGCUGGUAAUUAUUUACUUUUCUAUAGGACUUUUUCAGGAAUAGAAAGUUAUCUGUGUAGUUUUAUAUUGAUGUACACUGUUCUGCAAUUUGCCACUAGCGCAAAUCACAUGUUACCUUCUAGUUUGUAACAGUAGUACAUAAAAAUUUUGUUUUAUUUUGUCUUUUAAUUUGAAACGCCAUUGAAGUGUGUUGAUCUCAGUAGUUUAGGGCACUUUUGUAGCUGAUGGGCAGAUUUGUGUGUCAGAGUUAAUUUUGAUAUAUAUAUGCUGGACCAAAGCAUUCUGUAACUAAAAUUAUUUUUAUACUGCAUUAUUGUUGUGUACAUACAUAAAAGGCUGUACAAUUAUGUAAAUAAGCCAAAUGAAUUAAAUAUUAUUGUUAUGGAAA